AUAAGUCAGUGAACUUUGUUUCAACUCUGCUUCAGAUCACUAUGUCCGAGCAACUGGAUUUACCAGUGAGGCAGGCAGGUGUUAUCUACUUGAAAAAUAUGAUAACCCAGUAUUGGCCUGAUCGGGAAGCUGCACCAGGAGAGAUUCCACCUUACUCCAUCCCAGAAGAAGACAGACACUGUAUUCGUGAAAAUAUCGUAGAAGCCAUUAUUCACUCUCCUGAGUUGAUUAGAGUACAACUUACUACUUGCAUUCACCAUAUUAUCAAGCAUGAUUACCCUAGUCGUUGGACUGCAGUUGUGGAGAAAAUUGGUUUUUAUCUUCAGUCUGACAACAGUGCUUGUUGGCUUGGAAUUCUUCUCUGUCUUUAUCAACUUGUGAAAAACUAUGAGUACAAGAAACCAGAGGAGCGGAGUCCUUUGAUAGCUGCGAUGCAACAUUUUCUACCGGUGCUGAAGGACAGUUUCAUUCAGCUCCUGAGUGAUCCAUCUGAUCAGUCUGUCCUCAUCCAGAAACAGAUCUUUAAAAUAUUUUAUGCACUUGUCCAGUAUACAUUACCUUUGGAGUUGAUAAAUCAGCAAAACCUGACUGAAUGGAUAGAAAUCCUGAAGACUGUUGUGGAUAGGGAUGUACCAGCUGAAACCCUUCAAGUUGAUGAAGAUGAUAGACCUGAAUUGCCUUGGUGGAAAUGCAAGAAGUGGGCUUUGCAUAUCUUGGCUAGACUUUUUGAGAGAUAUGGAAGUCCUGGUAAUGUUUCCAAGGAGUACAAUGAGUUUGCUGAAGUGUUCCUGAAGGCAUUUGCAGUUGGUGUUCAGCAAGUGUUGCUGAAGGUGUUGUAUCAGUACAAGGAGAAGCAGUACAUGGCUCCUAGAGUUCUGCAGCAAACACUGAAUUACAUCAAUCAAGGAGUGUCACAUGCUGUCACCUGGAAGAAUCUGAAACCUCAUAUUCAAGGAAUUAUCCAAGAUGUUAUUUUUCCGUUGAUGUGCUAUACAGAUGCUGAUGAAGAGCUUUGGCAAGAAGAUCCAUAUGAGUAUAUUCGCAUGAAAUUUGAUGUAUUUGAAGACUUCAUUUCUCCAACAACUGCUGCUCAGACAUUAUUGUUUACAUCAUGUAGUAAAAGGAAAGAGGUCUUGCAGAAGACAAUGGGAUUUUGUUAUCAGAUCCUUACGGAGCCAAAUGCUGACCCUCGUAAGAAGGAUGGUGCUUUACAUAUGAUUGGUUCUUUGGCUGAAAUUCUCCUAAAAAAAAAGAUAUACAAAGAUCAGAUGGAAUAUAUGUUGCAGAAUCAUGUGUUCCCUCUCUUCAGCAGUGAACUGGGUUACAUGAGAGCACGGGCUUGCUGGGUCCUUCAUUAUUUUUGUGAAGUCAAAUUUAAGAGUGACCAGAAUCUUCAGACAGCCUUAGAGCUCACGAGACGAUGUCUGAUAGAUGAUAGGGAGAUGCCUGUGAAAGUGGAAGCUGCCAUAGCACUUCAAGUUCUGAUCAGUAAUCAAGAGAAAGCUAAAGAAUAUAUUACUCCAUUCAUUAGACCUGUAAUGCAAGCUUUACUUCACAUUAUAAGGGAGACUGAAAAUGAUGAUCUAACUAAUGUGAUUCAGAAAAUGAUCUGUGAAUAUAGUGAAGAAGUUACCCCAAUUGCUGUAGAAAUGACACAGCAUUUGGCAAUGACAUUUAACCAGGUGAUACAGACUGGACCAGAUGAAGAGGGCAGUGAUGACAAAGCAGUGACAGCCAUGGGAAUCUUGAAUACUAUUGAUACACUUCUCAGUGUAGUAGAAGAUCACAAGGAAAUUACUCAGCAGCUGGAAGGGAUCUGUUUGCAAGUGAUUGGAACAGUUUUGCAGCAGCAUGUAUUAGAGUUCUAUGAAGAGAUCUUUUCCUUGGCUCAUAGCCUGACCUGUCAACAAGUUUCUGCGCAGAUGUGGCAACUUCUUCCUCUUGUUUUUGAAGUCUUUCAGCAGGAUGGCUUUGAUUAUUUUACUGAUAUGAUGCCUCUCUUGCAUAACUAUGUCACUGUUGAUACAGAUACACUUCUGUCAGACACAAAAUAUCUUGAAAUGAUCUACAGUAUGUGCAAAAAGGUUCUUACAGGCGUUGCUGGAGAAGAUGCAGAAUGCCACGCAGCAAAACUUUUAGAAGUAAUUAUUCUUCAGUGUAAAGGGCGUGGUAUCGAUCAGUGCAUACCCUUAUUUGUGGAAGCUGCUUUAGAGAGAUUGACCAGAGAAGUGAAAACAAGUGAACUGCGAACAAUGUGCCUCCAGGUUGCCAUAGCUGCAUUGUAUUACAAUCCUCAUCUACUGUUAAAUACCUUGGAAAAUCUUCGCUUCCCCAAUAAUGUAGAGCCUGUCACUAAUCACUUCAUAACACAGUGGCUUAAUGAUGUAGACUGUUUCUUGGGUCUUCAUGACAGAAAAAUGUGCGUGCUCGGCUUGUGUGCUCUUAUUGAUCUGGAGCAAAUACCACAGGUUUUAAAUCAAGUUGCUGGACAGAUCCUGCCAGCUUUUAUCCUCUUAUUUAAUGGAUUGAAAAGAGCAUAUGCUUGUCAUGCAGAGCAUGAAAAUGACAGUGAUGAUGAUGAUGAAGCUGAAGAAGAUGAGGACACAGAGGAGCUGGGGAGUGAUGAAGAUGACAUUGAUGAAGAUGGUCAAGAAUAUCUAGAGAUCCUUGCAAAACAGGCUGGUGAAGAUGGAGAUGAUGAGGACUGGGAAGAAGAUGAUGCUGAAGAGACUGCUUUGGAAGGCUAUUCAACAAUUAUUGAUGAUGAAGACAACCCUGUAGAUGAAUAUCAAAUAUUUAAAACAAUUUUUCAGACAAUUCAGAAUCGUAACCCUGUGUGGUACCAGACUUUGACACAGGGUCUUAAUGAAGAACAAAGAAAACAAUUGCAGGACAUAGCAACUCUGGCAGAUCAGAGGCGGGCAGCACAUGAAUCCAAAAUGAUUGAAAAGCAUGGAGGAUACAAAUUCAAUGCUCCAGUUGUGCCAACUUCAUUUAAUUUUGGAGGCCCUGCCCCAGGAAUGAAUUGAAUUAUCACUUUUCCUGCUACUGUGUGAUUGUAGUGAAGAGCUUGUGUUCCUCCCAAUAGUGGUUCCAGAACUGGUUCAUGUUAUCUACAGCUCACUCUAAUUGAUAAAUAGAUUGGACAAAAGCCCCAGAAGUGGGACCUGAUCAUGCAACCUAAUACUGGAAAGCAAACCAGAGGUGGUUUUUUUUUUUUUUGAAGAUAGGAAGAAUCUGAUUUUAAAGCUUCAAAUGACACACUUUGGAAAUCUGAAAUCAAGAGGGGAUGUCAUGAAGGCAGCUUUUCUUUUUCUGAGGAAAAAAAUAGGCAUGGGCUGCAGGACUAUUUAAAAUGUCUCAUUUACAGUACAAGGUAGAAGGCAGACUUAAUUUUUACACCUGUGGCAUAUGAAUAUUUGCCCAAUUUAUUUCCCUUUUCUCCCUUCCUAUUGGGUGUCUAUUCUUUUAAUGUAAAUAAGAUAAGGUAAUCAGAUAGCCUUACUUAAUCUUCAUCAUUUCCAUUUAUCCAGAUUGUUCAUAUGUAGAAUAUUGGACACUUAAUGUAGCACUACAUAACUGAGAAAUCUGUAAAUGAAUUAGCACUUUCAUAUUGAAACAAGCCUGCUAGCCUAUGUACGAAAAUAGCAAAAUGUUUGCUGUUUAUUAAAAAAAAAAAAAAGGAUGUAUUGGGGAAAAUAAUUUCAAGUUAUUAAUUUAAAAUGAACUAGCAGUUUUGUACCUGGUGACUUUGUGGUGCAGUCACCUCUGGUUGUGACUUGAAUUCGGUUAUGUAAAAAGGGGUUAGUGAUAUUUCAUUGCUGCUAAAAAAGAAAAAAAAAAAAAAGAAAAAGAAAAAACAAAUAGCAACACCCUCUGUCUCCUUUGUUUUUCUUAAAGAUCUCAUUGUACAUGUGGAAAUUUGGAUACGAAGAUUCGUUGUAAGCACUGAGAAAGUGUUACCUUCUCUGAAGCAUGUAACUUAGAUCUUAAAUUCUGCUCUUAACGGAGUUGAUUGAAGUAUGUAGAUGAAACAUCUAUAUAUGCAAUCUACUUUAAAAAAAAAAAAAAAAGCCCUUAAUUUGGCAAACCCAGGCUUGAUCUAUGAAUGCAGGUGUUUUUUCCCCAACUUUUUUCCCAACUUCAUAUUUUUUGUUGUUUUUUUGUUUACCCCAGCACCUUGUUCAGUAGGUGCCCUACUCUUGCGUUUCAUUUCUCCUCUUACUGCACUCCCAGCAUUAGUGUGUACUAUUGUCUGCCUGAUCCAGACAGUGUAGUUGAAGUUUUGCCAUUUUUUCAUAUUUGAAGCCACCGUUUUCUUCCUUCAAAAUUGCUAUAGUAACUAGUAUUUUAGCUAGAGAGGCAAAAUACAGUUCCCUCUGGGACCACUAUCAAAACCACUGUAUGAAGAAGCCAGCAGGGAGAUGCUGUGAAUAGGUUGGCGUAAGUGCCGCCUUUUUCUUUUCUGAAAGUAUAAAUUCAUAGGUAUUGAUCUUGCCUUGAGAUCAUUGGUGUCAGGUCUUUUAAAUCAAAUGUUUUUUUUUCUUUUGGCUGUUUUUAUAUAAAAAUGUCACCUGCUGUUACAAUUGAUAUUAAACAAGCUACCUUAAUUUAAUGUAAGCCUCCAAAAUUUAAAUACAGGUUAAAAAUAAACUGAGUUUAUAUCUGUAAAAAAUGAAAUGCACAUAUAUAUAUUAUGAUACUCAAAUGCAGUCUUCAGAAAAUUGGUUUGUGUGGUGUGUUUUUUUGCCUCAGCAGAGUAGCAGGAAUGUGUGGUUUGGGUUUUUCCUUGAUGAGUUGUCCAGCACAAUUCCCAGCCUUCCAUUUGUUAUGCAGUUCCUAGUGCCCUUCCAGGCAAAUAUAACACGUUUUUCCAGUCGCUCCUGUCUGGACUGCCUUCCUUAGGCGAAUACGUCUCCCUGCACACAGUCUGAAUGUGCUAGACUGAGCCAGGACUGUUACUGCCAUGCUGUCCUACCUGAAUACCAAAGGGAUACUUCAAAGCAAAUAGUGGGCUCAAAAGGAUGGAUGGUGCACCUGAUGUGAAACAGCGCUAAGAACUAGCCUUGAAUCUGAGUAUCCAUUACAGUAGUGGUAUGAGAACCACAAUAGUACUUUUGAAUUGUUAGCUGACUGGCCAAGUCUAUAGAGCAGGACAUUUUUUUUUUAAUAUGUUAACUCAUGAGCACGUAUGUGUGUGUUCUGGCCUCAAGAUAAUCUCUAGACAACGUUUUAUUUUUGUAGAAAAAGGUGACAUAGGUACAGCAUGCAUUUUUCUUGUGCAUUCCUUGACCUUGGAAAGCACCCAGUUUUACAUAAGUCAUUUCUGAUCAUCUACUUGUUGCAUAACUGCUUAUCUUGUUAUGCAUCCCAAAAAAUUAAGAUUAACUUUUUAAGACAGAACUUUUGCCUCAUGGUAAAAGAUAUGACAGAGCAGCAGUGAGAAGGCUGUAUAUCCUCAACAGAUGAGGAAAAAAAAUAGAAAAUAAACAAUUUAGUGCCAUGGUCAUUCUGAAACAGUUAUAUUUUUCAAGUUGUCAGGCAAGGAAAAAAAAAAUUAUCUUCAUGUGAGAGGAAUAGAGUCUUACUUCAAGGGUGCUUUUAUGUGUCGCUAGACUGGUUGACAAGGAGCAUCUUUUUUUUAAGAAUGGAACUAGAACUCUGCUUUCCUUUGCUCCAAGAAAUGUAUUUAUAUAAAUUGCAAAACAAUUUUGCAUUGUUGUUGGUGGUAAUAGUGCAUUUUGUGAUGCAAUAUAUCAGUUUCAGUGAUGCACUUAUGUCAAACUUAGAACUGAUCUUCCUCCUGGAACUUGCAUUUAUCCAAUUCCAUUUUUCAAGGAUAAUGCACCUCUAAAGGAAGAGUUGGGAAAUUAAAACCUCUGUUUUUUCUA